AUGAUCUCCAAUAGAAAAAGACCCAGAGGUUUCAGUGCAACGUUUGAUUCGUCUUCUCGAAAAGCUGCGGCGGCAGAAGGCGUCCCCAAUGCCUCCACGACUCAACAGACCAAAAGUUUUGGAAAUGUGGGUCCUCUGUCUGUAUCAACAUUUAACGAGUCGCCGAAUUUAAACCUCAAUAUCAACUUGAACUCGGAGCCUUCGCUGAAUAAUCACACUUUGAAUUUCGAGAAGGGUGGUCCCUUCAGCGACAAGGGGUCCAUUGGCACCGCUGUGCUCGAGCAAGAUGAGGAUUUGUACGGAGAAGAAGAUGACGCUUUUGAUGUGAAUGACGAAGUGGUGUUUCUUGAAGAACGUAAAAUUCAACCCAACUUUGCUCAGCGCCGACAGCACAGAAAUAACUCUGAUUCCAUGCUCUUAAUGGACUACGAUGCUCAGGCCGCCUAUAAUAUGUUCAACGUUCACCGGCAGCCCAAUGAAAUGGACAAGGCGCUUUCUGAAUUUGAGAUUGCCCGUUACCCUUGGAAGAAGCAACGUACAAGCUCUUUGCCCCAGCUACCCCAGGCAAAGUGCUUUUAUCAGAAAUUGCCUAGCAACUACAUUCUCCAGCAUCCCAAAGUUGGCAAUGUCAAGACAAAUAUCAUCCCUCAUAAGACGAACCUACCUCCUUGCGAUGACGAAGAUGGCCACUACAUUGUUCGCGAGAAUGAUGUCUUUGCAAACAGAUUCAUCAUCCAGAAGUUGGUAGGUCAAGGUACUUUUGGUAAAGUGGUGGCAUGCUAUGAUAAGGUCAACCGUGACACUGUGGCAAUCAAGAUUAUUAGAAAUAUACCUAAAUACAGAGAUGCCGCAAAGAUCGAGUUGAGAAUCCUCACCACCUUGAAAAAGUUUGACAACGAUAACAAAAAUCAUUGCAUCCAUCUUCGAGAGUGCUUUGACUAUCGUGGACACAUUUGCAUCGUCACUGACUUGUUGAAGAUCUCGCUAUACGAUUUUAUGGAGAACAACAAGUUUAAGCCGUACCCUGGAUCGCACAUUCAAGCCAUUUCAAAACAACUCAUUAGAUCAGUGACAUUCUUCCACGAUCUCAAUCUAAUACAUACAGACCUCAAGCCUGAAAAUAUUUUGUUGCAUGACGACUCAUAUCUGAGAAAGCAGCUCAAGAGUUCCACGAUUAUUUCAGCCUACUUCAAUCUAAAUUCAGGCAGCGAGAAACGUCGUCUUGACAAGCCACCAAAAUUUCUGAGGGUACUUAAUAACCCACUCAUCCAAAUCAUUGAUUUCGGUUCAGCGAUCUUUGAUGAUGAGUACCAUUCAUCGAUUGUUUCUACGCGACAUUAUCGAGCGCCAGAGAUUGUUCUUGGUGUUGGCUGGUCGUUUCCAUGCGAUGUAUGGUCUGUAGGGUGUAUACUCGUUGAGUUGGUUAUCGGAGAGCCUGUUUUUAGGACUCACGAUAACCUCGAGCACCUCGCAAUGAUUGAGAAAAUUUGCGGGACAAAGAUCAGCAAGGAAAUGGUGAGGUAUUCGAAGCAAAAGGAGAAUGAGUGCGGGUUGAAGUAUUUCACCAACGACUACAGUCGACCAUUUGGAGAUCAAGGCAGCGAGGACGACGAUGACGAUGUGAUUAUAGAUGACGAGUCGACCGAGGACAAUUCAUUGUCGUUGAUUUUCCCCACGCCUACUACGCCCGAAAAGUUUAUCAAGAAUGUCAAUCUGCUUUCGCGGAUCGACUUAUUCAUUAGCCAGCGAAUCGGGUUGAACAUUGACUUUGACUACUCGUUGGGGGACAACUUCCAAAAUAACUGGCAUUUGAUAAACUUUGGCAACUUCACGUUCUGGUGGUUUUUCAUUGACUUGUUGAGAAAGAUAUUUGUCAUUGAUCCAAACGAGAGGAUUACAGCGCUUGAAGCGCUUGAGCAUCCAUGGUUCAACUUGGGAAUCGAGGAUGAAGGCACCGUUUAG